AUGAGGAUCGCCACAAAGCGUUUGCAGAAAGAGCUCUCGGAGAUCAAAGUCAAAGGUGCACCAGAAGGAUGUGAGGUCAUCAAGGCAGAUGACCUGCAAGAAUGGCAGUUCUCCAUACAAGUGCUGGGUAACAGUCUCUAUCAAGACCAAAAGUUUGGCCUCCGUUUCCGCUUUUCCGACUCAUAUCCGAUGGAGAGCCCCGAAGUCGUCUUCAUGGUUACAGAUGGAUUUCAGGCUCCUGUGCAUCCACAUGUCUACAGUAACGGCCAUAUUUGCGCUUCCAUCUUGGGCAACGAAUGGUCACCCGUACUCACCAUCAGCUCAGUGCUGCUCACAUUGCAGAGUAUGCUUGCUAGCUGCAAGCAGCUACAAAGGCCACCAGACAACGAUGCCUACGUCAAACGCGCGCCUAUUUCACCCAAAGACAGCCGAUUCGUGUACGACGACGACACGGUUUAA